GUGAAAUUUUAAAACAAACAGACAUUUUGGUUGACUGAAUGAGAAAAUUAACCAGAUCCGAAUGUUGCACUCUGGUAGUCCAUGAUAUUAGUUUUCUAAGAUCUUUAAUACAUUGGCCUUUCCUAGCCCAGCGUUAUUUGGCUAUGUCGACAAAUUAUGUCAUAGGGCUAUGUCAGGCAAAAUAGACCAGUCAAGGAAAGAAAUAAGAAUAUGGGUGUUAGGAUUUAAAAGUCUGGAGUAACGGUAACACUGAACUCUUGAAAUUUAGCCCCCCUCGAAUUUUAUUGAUUUCACAGCAUCACAUUAGAAAUUUGGUAUUGAUUCUAAUCAGUUAAGCCAUAAAUCAACGAAUGUUACAUUGGACGUUCCCAUUUAGAGAUAUCUCUUGGCAUUCUCAAUUCAUUACUGGACAGAAGUAUUAUGCAACAGUUGAAGCAUGUAAUUAUGCCGGUCUCUGUGUAACCCGUGUAUCUGAUGGCAUAGUUAUUGACAAUUCGCCGCCGAUACAAGGCCUCGUUCAGAUCGGAUCAGACGAAUUUCAUCGAAAAUUCCAAUCACAUACGUCCUCUGUACAUGUCAGAUGGGCAGGUUUUGAUGACCCACAAUCUGGCAUUGAUCGCUAUGAGAUGUGUAUUGGAACCAAACCAGGCAACUGUGACAUUUCACCAAACAUGAACUGUUUAUUACAGUCUAAUGUUAUUAAAACCAGUCUAAACCUUCCAAGGCAAACUGAUUUGUAUGCAACAGUCACUGCUUACAAUAAAGUUCGUUUAAAUGUCAGACAAACAUCUGAUAGCUUUUAUGUCGAUGCAACACCACCUAUUACGUCAAUCAAACCAACGUUCGUGCUUGAAAACAACAACAUUGCCGGAAAGGAAGGACAAUGGGAUAAAUCACUUAUUAAAAUAUAUUGGAAAUUUGAUGAUGAUGAAAGUCCAAUUGCAUAUCAUGAUGUCACACUUAAGACACAUCACGAAGGACACACCCCAGUGGAGCAUGUAAAACUUGGACCGGAAAAUGAAUUAACCAUAAAUCUAGAUGGCAAAUCGUGGCUUCAUAGCGGUGAUACGUAUUUUGCUACCAUUACAAGCUGCAAUCUAGCUGGCCUAUGUUCUUCCGAAAAAAGUGAUGACCUCAAAAUUGAUUCAUCUCCGCCACAUCUUGGCGGUUUUAAACCAGCAAUGGUAUGGGAAAACCUAAAUAGCUCAUUUGGAGAAUGGAGAUCAAAUAUAACACUAUUAUGGUAUGGAUUCCACGACCAGGAAUCUGGUAUUGUAAGGUAUUUUAUCACAGUUAGUAAAACAUACAGUGGCCAAGAACUGACCAAUGGCGUAUCUACCGUUAACGUUGAUGGUUCUGAAAUUGAAAACAAACAUUCCUUUCUUCUAAACGAAAAUUUAGAAAGAGAUGAUAUACUCUUUUUGACAAUAUGGGCAGAAAACUCUGUUGGUUUGAACAGUUCAUUAGCACGCGUUUCGGUAACCGUUCUAUCUUCAUCAAGUUCAUUAGAUACUGCUAACCUGAAAGGAUCACUUGAACUGGAAAAACAUUCAUGUGAUAUUCAGAACUGCAAUAAUGAUUGCACUUGUGCAAUAGUUGGUCAACCGUGUGUUGAAGCUAAAACUAACAUUAGUUGUAAAGAGGUAAAUGGGUCCGUUUCCAGUCAUUUUAUUCCUCACAUUGACGUGUUUAAUGGAAUGAAUGGAAUGUCUCCUAAUAUAACCGCGUCCUCUUGUUGUUUAGCUGGGAGUUGGAGAGUAAAUGAUGAAAUUCGUAACAAAAACAUAACACGUUUUGAAUUGAGUAUGGGUUUACAAGACCAGCCCGUUGGAGAAGGGAUAUUUGACUUGAAAAACGAAAGGCCUUGGAACGAUGUCGGUUUGCAAAAGCAUGUUGUACAUUGUCUCCCUGUAAACAAAACUCUUAUUGCACGGGAAAAUUACGUUAUUUAUGUUAGAGCUUGGUUUUCAAGAAGUGCAUAUGCCAUUUAUCGAUCGGCUCCGAUCACAGUUGACCAAACGGCGCCAUCAUUAAGUCGAGGUCGAUCUGUAAUUGACUCGAAUGAAUUAUGCAAUGCCGAUUUUGACGUAAUAGAUUGGAUGGAUAAGAUUACUGCAUGUUGGGCUGGCGUCUUCCUUGAACGGCAAGGGCGUGUCAUAUAUUACGUUAUAUCAUUAGGAACAUACCCUUUUGGAGAUGAUACAUUUAGUCGGAAAAAACGUUGGAUUGACUACCAGUAUUACUUUGGCAAAUAUUUCAUUGUCGCACGGUACAAAAUACUUUUUCUCCGUUACGGCAUACAAUACCGUAGGUUUGCAUACAUCUGCUUUAUCGGAUGGUUUCGUAAUUGA